AGGCGAUUUAGCGUUUGAUUCAUAUUUAGAACAUAAAGGAGUGUAAAAUGAGUACCAAGCUUGAUUCUGUUUUUUUAGAUAUGCUGGAGAAUGGAAAGUUCUCUGAUUGCCGUAUCGAGGUUGAAUCGGCGACAUUUAAAUGCCACAAGAUCAUAUUGGCUAGUGUAUCCGGUUAUUUUGAGCGCGUGCUCCUAACUGAGUCCGAAAAUCUUUUGCUAUCUGAUGUUAAGAUAGACACUUUUAAAAAGUUUCUUCAGUACGCAUAUACCAAAAGCGUAAUGGAUUUUGAGAAGUAUUCAAGUGCCAUUCUUAUGGAACUCUUCGAGUGCGGAUCGAAGUGGUUAGUAACAUCGAUGACCACCAUCUGCUUGCAGCUCCUCGAAAAGCGUGGGGAGUCUAUGACCCAUGGCGAUUUGUUAAAACUUUUUGAAUUUUCGCAUAAAGUGGAUAGUUCAAAACUCAUAUUUGCCUCGAAAAAAAAUUUGCAAAGCCGCUUUGCCCACAGAUUAUAUUGCUUCCAAGCGCUUCGUUUGGCCCCAAAAAUCUUUGAGCAGUACUUUCUUGCUACCAUUAAUUUCCUGCCAGAAGUCAAACGGUUCCAGAUGAUCGAGGCCUAUAUUCGCAUGCAUGGUGAUAACGAUGAGAAAUCAAAUCAGAGAUCGCUGAAGGACAAGGACGAUGAGGAUAUUGAAGAAAAUGUCAGCUACUAUGGUUCCGAGAUAGAAUUGAAGCCGAACAAUGUUGCCUCCAAAACUCAAAGUAUUGAGAAGAUUAAUAUUGAACUGCCUAACUCAAAUUUCGUGAAGGAACUUCUAAGCUACAUUGACUAUAGUUCGAUGAAGACUAAGGAUUUUUAUGAAGUUGUUGGAAAGUCCUCCUUGUUAACUUACCAAGAAAAAUUCGAAAAUCUUUUCUUAACUGUUAAGGAUUCUUCUAAUGAUGAUUCUGGCGAAGAUGAUGAAUGAAAAUGUUGUUAGUCACAUGUUAAAAUAAAAACAACAAAUUAAAUGAA